AUGGCCUCAGAACAUCCCAUCACAGCCCAAGAGCUGACAAUCCUUUCUACCAAGGCCAUCGAAGCCAAAGCGACUGCCUACUGCCCAUAUUCCAAGUUCCGCGUCGGGGCAUGCAUUCUCACCACCACGGGCGAGUUUAUCUCCGGUGCUAAUGUCGAGAAUGCCUCGUAUCCCGUCGGAACAUGCGCCGAGCGGGUGACCAUUGGCGCUGCCGUUGUCGCUGGCCAUAAAAAGUUCAAGGCCCUAGCUGUCGCAACGGAUAUCAAGCCUGCUGCGUCGCCAUGUGGCAUGUGCAGACAAUUCAUUCGCGAGUUCACAUCACCUUCCUUCCCUGUGUACAUGUAUGAUGGCGAGGGUAAUCAUAAAGUCAUGACUAUGGAAGAGCUGCUACCGGACUCAUUCGGCCCCGAGCAGCUUCAAUAG